AACCCUCCCCAUGUUCCUCACCAAGCUCUCCCGCCUAAACCCAAACCCACUCGCCCUCAUUUCCACGCGCCACCUCUCCACCCUCCACGACCGCUACUCCUUCAAACCCCCACCCUCCCUUUCCCCGAACCCCAAGACCACCCCAACCCUAACCCUAAUUUCAAGAAGAAGCAGAAGCCCCGGUACAGUCCGCCGUCGUCUCUCGAUCGCGAGGGUCAGGAGCCGAUACAUUCCGAUUUGCCGUUCGAUUUCAGGUACAGCUACACCGAGAGCAGCCCGGAAGCGCGGCCCAUUGGGCUGCGGGAGCCCAAGUACUCGCCUUUUGGGCCGGGGCGGUUGGACCGGCCGUGGAUCGGGGUCUGUGCCCCGGCCGUGGACCCGAAGGUGAGGUCCGUGGAGGGAACGGAGGAGGAGGACCUGAAGUUGGAGGAGGAGAGGAGGAGGAGGCGAGAAGCGGUCCAGGGAGAGCCGCUCAGUUCGGCUGAGAGGAAAAUUUUGGUGGAGAAAUGUCAGAGAGGGAAAACCAAGAAGCAAAUCAAUUUGGGGAGGGAUGGGUUGACUCACAAUAUGCUGAAUGAUAUUCAUAACCAUUGGAAACAUGAAGAAGCAGUGAGGAUAAAAUGUCAAGGUGUUCCGACUGUUGACAUGAGAAAUGUUUGCACCCAGCUCGAGGACAAAACCUUUGGAAAGAUCAUCUGCAGGCAUGGUAGUCUAAUCAUAUUGUUCAGAGGCAGGAACUAUAAUCCCAAGAAGAGGCCUGUGAUUCCAUUAAUGUUGUGGAAGCCACAUGAGCCAAAAUAUCCCAAACUGAUCAAAACUGCGAUUGAUGGGCUAAGCAUUGAGGAAACAAAGGAAAUGAGGAAGAGAGGAUUAGUUGUCCCUGCUUUAACAAAACUUGCCAGGAAUGGUUACUAUGGUAAUCUGGUACCGAUGGUUAGAGAUGCGUUUCUCUCCUCUGAGCUGGUGCGGAUAGACUGCCAGGGUCUUGAGAAGAGUGAUUACAAGAAAAUAGGCUGCAAACUUCGGGAGCUUGUGCCUUGUAUCCUGGUGACGUUUGAUAAGGAACAGAUUGUGGUUUGGAAGGGCAAGGACUAUAAGCCUGUAGAGGAUGCCUACUUCCUUCCAGAACAAGAACUGUUUGAUAGUCCAGAAAGUGAUGUGGUUUCUGGUGCAGAGCGGUGGGAUAGCUCAGACGACAAUAGUAGCCAAACUGAGUACUACUCUGGUGACGAUGAGUAGUCUCUUUCUGCUCCAAAUUACAGACAGCACGUGGUUGUUGGUUGGAGAAAAUGUAAUUGAUCGAGCUUUUCAUCUUCAGAUUGCAAAUCUGAAUGCUGGCAAAUUUGAGCCGGUUCAGAAUCCAGAUUUGUCCUGAAAAUGAUAUUAUCAUGCAUCUAUAGAUUGUGUUGGAGUGAGGUCAGAACUUAUGGAAAUUAGUGUACAAAAUAUUGCGUUUCCUCUAUGGUCUAUACAGCAAGAGAGAAAAGCUUUGAAAUUAUAUAAUUAGAGCCACGGUCAGAAUUGUAUAGAUUCGUUUACAAACUUUACAGGGGACUCAAUAUCUUGGUUCGAAAAAUGCUGCAUUGUCAGUUUAUCCUCAUAUGAAAGCACUUGCACAUUUUCUGUUCA